AAAAACAUUCGCAGAAAUCAAUCAAGAAAGUGUUGCACUGGCUUUGAAUUGCAAAACGGCGUCGUUUCGCUGCUAAGCCUUCAAGAUACUGCCUAAUUGGACCUCUAAUCCCUGCAUUUCACAUCAGUGCUUCUCGUUCAUCCUUCGGAGAUGGUGCGAUUACAGCCGGAUCCAUUCCUUAAUGAACUUACGAACAUGUUUGAGCGGACUACAGAAAAGGGCUCUGUAUGGGUUACCUUAAAACACUCUUCUGACAAGUCAAAGGUGCAAAGGAAUAAGAUGAAGACAGCUGGAGAAAAAAUUGAGUAUAGGUGCCUGAUUCGAGCAACGGACGGCAAGAAGACCAUUUCCACAAUGGUUGGGGCAAAAGAUCAUCAACGUUUUCAAUCAAGUUAUGCUACUAUUUUGAAAGCCAGGAUGACUGCCCUGAAGAAGAGGGAGAGAAAAGAUAAAAGAAAGGCAGCAGAUUCUGAUAAAAAAGCAGACUCAAAGAAGCGAUCUUCUGCUGCUAAGAAAGCCUCUAACUGAACAAGAUUUCAUUAUUCAUCUCUUUUUGGUGUAUGACCUCUUACAUUUUGGGCUUUUGACUAACAGUAAGUUAAACAUGUUUAUGAUGAAAUUGGAUGGCUGAACUUUUUGCAGGAGAUCUAGAUUUUAGAUACAGAAGUUCAUGUCGAUUCUUGUUUCCCCUCUCUAUUGAAUAUUAAGAUGAAUUUUCUGCUUUCA